AUCAAAUCAUCCAUUUCGCUUUGUUGUAUUCUCCCCUUUUCUUUGAGAUUCAUACUGUUUAAAUGCGUAGGCUUUCAACUGAGUGUUUCACUAAUGGGAACAGCCAAUGAUUCAAGCAAGGAUAUCUCUGUUCGUUUGGCUGAGAAAAACCCAAAGGUGGUUUUUGUUUUAGGUGGUCCGGGUAGUGGCAAAGGUACCCAAUGUGAGAAAAUUGUUCAACAUUUUGGUUACACUCAUCUUAGUGCAGGAGAUCUUCUUCGAGCUGAAAAAAACUCUGGUUCUGAAAAUGGAAUCAUGAUUCAGAACAUGAUGAAUGAAGGAAAGAUUGUUCCUUCCGAGGUAACAAUUAAGCUUCUUCAAAAAGCAAUGUUGGAAAGUGGUAAUGACAAGUUCCUUAUUGAUGGGUUUCCUCGUAAUGAAGAAAACCGAGCUGCAUUUGAAGCUGUUACUAAAAUUGAGCCAGAAUUUGUCCUGUAUUUUAAUUGUUCUGAAAAAGAAAUGGAGAGGCGAAUUCUUAAUAGAAACCAGGGAAGAGAAGAUGAUAACAUUGAAACAAUAAGGAAGCGAUUUAAGGUGUUUCUAGAGUCUAGUCUUCCUGUAAUUGAGUACUAUAAAGGAAAGGGCAAGGUUCGAGAGAUUGAUGCUGCAAAGCCGGUUGAAGAGGUAUUUGAAGAGGUUAAAGAUAUUUUCACCCCAGAAGUCCGAAAAGUUGUGGGGGGACGCGGGUGGGGACGCGGGUGUUGUGCUAUUCUGUAGGUGCCCCUUUAGCUGGAAAACGAAACUAGUAUUGAGAUUUCAGUGCAUUUAUAGAUAUAAUAAUGUAAACUAUUAGGUGUAUGUAUAAUUAUCUUGAGUAAGGUAACUGUAUUGACCGAUUUGUGCUCUGCAAUGAAUUGCCACUGUAUAUUAUGAAGUGUUGUACUCUUCUUUCAUAAGAAACUUUUGCAUAAGAAUUAUAAUUAUGAUGGAAGCUUUUAGAAGUUA